CACUUGUAGUACCUCUGGCGAACUAUUUAUGCUCCUGCAGUCUUCUGAUUGGUUCUAGUUGGUUGUUUAGACUGUUGGACAUUUGCACUUCUGCACACAAGCUCUGUAUAUUCUUGGAGUAAAUUGCUAUCGAUGUGACUGGUCUGUCUACUAGCGCCUCCACCCCAUUACUCGUCCCCUCGAUGUCGGAUACCUCGUUCGAGGUCGCAUUUCGCGGCAAUACUCACAGAGUCUCGCUUCCCUUAGAUGCACCUGUCUCAUCGCUGCAUGCUAGGCUGGAGGAGCUGACGCAAGUUCCGCCGUCAGCCCAGAAACUACUUUUCAGAGGCAAGAAGAUCGGUGCGAGCCAAGAAGGCGUGACCCUGGCCGAAGCUGGUUUGAGGGAUGGCAUCAAAAUUCAAAUGUUGGGCUCGACCGCUCAUGAGCUAGAGGCUCUCCAUGAAACCGAAACCGAGUAUCACACGAAGGAACGCAUCCUGCGAGGGAGAGGGCUUAAACCCCGAGUCAAGUUGCGUUCCACUGGUUCUUCAAGCACGUCCGCUACGCAGUAUAGGUUUCACAAGCUCGAACCCUUGGGACAUCUUCCUGACCCACCAGCUGCACUCGCGCGUCUGUCCAAGUUGGCCAGCGACCCUGCAUUACAACACAUCAUGCAGAAACACAAGUUUUCUGUCGGUCUGCUUACGGAACUUGCGCCUCACGAGAGCCCGGGCCUCUUAGGGUUGAACGUUGGCGCAGGACAAGCCAUCAGAUUACGCAUACGAACAGAUGAAUACGAUGGAUUUCGUCCGUACCUGGAAGUCCGCCGUGUGCUUUGCCAUGAACUUGCUCAUAAUGUCUGGGGCGAACACGAUAACAACUUCAAGGAGUUAAAUUCCAAACUUAAUAGAGAAGUUGCCGAGUUUGAAGCAGCUCAGGCUCAUGGAACACAUUAUUUAGUAGACGUCAGGGGUACCUAUGAACCCUCUUCCAAUGAAGAGGGCGAAGCCCUUGUGCAUGUCCUUGGGGGGAGUAGCACGCCUCUGACUGAUUCGAUUGAAGAUAGACGACGGCGUGCACUCGAUGCUGCAACUUCCAGAUUAAAGAAACAGGAGGAAGAGCUGGAACAAAGCUGUGGGACAACUAAACCUCCGAGCACCACGUAGCUCUGAAGAUUUACUGGUUUUUAUCAUAGUGCACCAGUCACACAGUUAUAUCGGUCCUUGGUGUAGCAUUAGAAUGGAGCUGUGUAUGUAACUGCCCCUAGGGCUGCAGUAUGUACCAUAGUACCGCGGGAAGAAGGGUACAUAUUUACAUUAGUGCCCUUUCCCCACCUGUAUUAACAGUGAUCCAACUUCAGGUUGACUUCCGAGUGACAAGGAGCGCAAGGUC